AUGGUUACCUGGGAUGAAGAUAUCAACUUCGCGAGCGCUUUGCUUCUGCACAGUUGCCUGACCGUUCUCAUUAAAGAACUUCUCAAUCUCGUUACGAUCGUUAUCAGGCUGGCGCCCUUCCUCCGCAAGACUCAACCUGGAACUUCAAACUAUCGCUCCGUUCUCCUAGACGGGUACACCUCAAUUCUCUCCAACGACAAUGAUGGCGACCUCGCCGAGCUGUACUUCACAAACACGGGCCUUCUCCUCCUGAGCGCAUCACUUGCCUCCGCCAUCGCCAUGAACCUCUUCCUGUCCGACAUGGUUCUCAACGUCUUCGUCGCCUGUACAUUUGGCUUCUGCUUCGUCGUGUCUGUCUUCUCAUGCCGUCGAAGCUGGUUGCGGUUUAUCCUCGCUCUGCGACGAGCGGGGCGGUUUGUGUGGUCUGAUACGCCGUUUGUCAACUUCUUCUCGCUCAUUUAUGUUGCGGUGGUGUUGAAGAGUUCGACGACUAUGAGGCUGAAGGAUUAUGUGACACUGCGGAGUAUCGCCAUUAUCGAGCUGGUUUUCAUGAAGGCGUACAUCGCGGCGGCUAGCAUGGAUCGUCAGAUUGAGCUGUUGCGUUCUCUGCACAAGUCCCGGCUUGUGCUUUACCAGCAUGGAUCUAAGGCACAAGAGAUAGACACUAUUGAGCCUCCUCGCCUCGAGAGAAGCUCAAUCGUUCCGUUCACCACUGCACAGAGAAUUUCGGUCAUGCUCAUCAAGACAACUGUUGGACACGACUUCGGCUCAGUCAGAGGCUCGAAAGGCCCCGGUAGCAUCCCUGUACCCCCUACAGGCUUCUUUACGAAUGAUAGCGUGGGUUCGGGAGACUGGCGUGUCUAUCGGCUACAGGACGAUGUAAUGCUGAUUGCCGACAACCUGCGUGCUACGUAUCCGAAGGAGUGGUGGAAGAGAUUGAUCAAAAAGAUGCACGGUAUUUUCCUCAAGCAGUUGAAGAAGGUUCGGGUUGUUUACCUUUUGAGAGUGGGUCAAAAGUUUGUUGGAGACGAUUCCUGCAAGAGGGAAGUCUCGCUAUGGGUAUCGAAUGUGAAUCUCGUGACUGGUGUUAGCAGCUCUGUUCUAGAGUCUUACACAUUUGUUGAACACGGGAGCAUUGAUGGCGGCAGAGUUCUAUAG